GCAUUCCGGGACCCGAUUCGAGAUCGAGAGAGGAGACUCGAACUCGAAAGUCGCCCGAUCGACUCGGCAAAAUCGAAACGAAUUCGCACUGCGCCGCUCUGCGAGGCCUCGCGCGACCUGUCGCAGCUUGACGAAGGAGCUUGUCCCAUUCUGCAAGCGAUGACUUCGUCCGUGCUGGACGGCGACGGCGCCGGCUGCGAGACGCCGGUGCCGCCUGCCUUCUCUCCCCUCACCGACCCGGCCCCGGACUUGAACUCGACCGGCAGCUGCGAGCCUUCCGUGGCCCCGGCGCAUGACGGAACGCACGACGAGGCGUACGACCCCGAGGUGUUGCCCGACGCACCGCCCGCCGCUCACCAUGAUGUCACUGUCACUGCCACGCCCGCUGCACCCGCUGCUUCUGCGCAAGACUCCAACCCGGACCGCCGCUUACACGCGCUUUCCGACCCUGAAGAACCACCAGCGACAGCAGCAGCAGCAGCAGCACCAGCAGCGCCCGAAGCCAUAACCGACCCAAUGCACUUCAACUCGGGUAUGGAUGCCGCCGUGUACCCCUCCGCCGGUGCGGGCCUCGGUCUCUACUCGCCGCAUCCAACCGACAUUCUGAUGGCCCUCGCUCGGCUGUCGGCUCAGCGGCAGGGCAUGGCGCUUCCCCCGUCGACUGUUCGCCCCUCUCAAGUGUCACUACCUCCGCAGCAAGCACUCGAUGUCUCCGAUCCUUUACUACAGCGAGCUCCCGACGGCCCCAGCACCACCCCGCAUGCCGACGCCCCUCUUGAGUCCUUCGCGAAGCUCGAGUUUGCCGACGGCGUCUUCGAGAUGACCACAUAUGCUAUCAUCAUCGGGCGGGACAAGAAAGCUCUGGCCCAAGCCAGACGGAACGAGCGACGGCUCGAAGCCUACCAACGCAAGGUGCGGGAAAACGAACAGCUGGGCCUACCGCCCCCAACUCCUCCGAUCCAGGAAGGCCGCAAGUUCAGCAAAUCGUACGUCAGCGAGGAGGGCGGCAUGCUCGGCCCGGAGUCGGAUGGCGAGGACGAUCCGCGUCCGUCCAAGAGGAGGAAGACGAGCCGUGGCGCUGCAUCUGGGUCGGGGGAUUCUCAGCAGCCCGAGCCCGCUGGGCCCGAGCCAGUUCCGCUUGACGAGGAGCACCCGACGCUCAACCGGCAGUAUGUGUCGCACACACCGGGAGCAGCCGCUGUAGAUCUCAGCGCCCUCCGGCCAUCGCCCUACUAUGUCCCACUUGUCCCCAUCCACUCUCCUGGGCCGAAUAUUGCCAGCAGAACCAAGGCCAUUUCGAGACGACAUCUGAUGAUUGAAUUCAACCAGAAGCGGGGCGUAUUCGAAGCCAUCCCGCUGCACAAAAACGGCUUCUUCUGUGAGGAUGUCCUCUACAACACGAAGGUGGUGUUGAGGAGCGGCGACCGCCUGCAGAUCAGAGAUGUGGAAUUUGUCUUCACCAUCAACGGUGUCCCCCGCGGCAAGACUGGUGCCGAGGUCGACAUCGAUGAAGACCGCUCGUCCAGCAGGCGCUACUCGGAAGGAGGGAAGGAGAUGAGCUUCGACUUUGAGAGCUCCCACGACCCCGAGAGACGGAGCACAAGCCCCGAAGAGAUGGAAGAAGCUCCACCCGCGAAGGAGGACAGCGGCAGCGAACUGUCGGAGCCCCCUGAGGACAUUCCCGAGCCAGAGCCCGAAAAGGCACCGGAGCACGAGGUUAUGGAGACGAUCGAAAAGGAUCCGCCAGCCCUGCCGCCGUCGCUUAAAUCGGAGCUGCCACCAGAGCUGUACGACGCCCUUGGUCCCAUCCCCCAGAGGAAACGCGGUCCUGGCCGCCCGCCGAAGAACGGCAUCAUGUCCAAGAGGGAGGAGAGGCUCCGUCGGAAGGCGGCAAUGGAGCUCGCCAAGAAGAACAUGCCCCAGCCGCCGCCAGGAGAACCGCCAGUCAAACGGAAGGUUGGCCGGCCUCGCAAGCACCCGCUGCCCGAGAACGCGCCCGACAGGCCGGAGAAGCGCAAGUAUAAGCCGCGGAAGCCUAAGAACGGCGAGGACGGCGAGGGCUCGAAUGCCGAGAAGACCAUGAAAGAGCGGCGACGGGAGAAGCCUAAGACGCCGCCACUGGAGCUGAACGAAGCCGACUAUACCGAGGAGCAGCGGCAGAAACCGCCCAAGAACUACGGCACGCUGAUUGACGAAGUCUUGUCCGCCGCUCCCGGCGGCUUAACCUUGAAGCAGAUAUACAAACGGAUCCAGAUGAAGUAUCCAUACUUCUACUUCCAUGUCGAGUCCAAGGGCUGGGAGAGCAGCGUUCGACACAACCUCAUCGGCAACGACGCCUUCAGGAAGAAUGAGGAGACGCAUCUCUGGAGCCGCGUGCCAGGCAUCGAUAUUGACGCCGGGAAAAAGCGCAAGGCAGCAUCGCCCGAUCGCCCCGCGGCUCUGCACACUUUUGGCCCACCGUACGCGGCUUCUGCCACGACGACGCCCCAGACGUUCCACGCUGAAGCUGGCUCGCAGUCAGGUUAUCGGCCGGGCACCGUUCCCCAACGGACCGGAUAUCCUCCCGCCCACGGCCAGGUCGGCCUUGGCCAGCCGCCCCCGCAGGCCCAGCCCGGCGGCCUACCUGUCGCUGCUUCUGCCCAGCAAGCGCCCCGCCAUGCUUAUUCGGCUCCUGCCCCCCCCGCACCCGCGGGUACGCCGACCGCUGUAUAUGCAGACCCAGCUACGGCACGUCCUUCUCAAGCGAACCAGAAUGCCACGGGAUAUUCCUCGCCCUAUACAUCGCGGCCUCCUCCAGGCGGUUCCACGCCACGAGGUGAUACUCCUCAGGCCCCCGCACGGCAAGAUUUCCCUCCCAGCCAGUCGAUGAGUCCGUUCAAUGGGCUACCACGAGCUGGCCCUGCCCCGGCGCAGGCGGCGACAUCCGGCUCUAUCGGGCCGCGACCGGCGCAACCCGCUGCAACUGGCGCCACUCUUGCCCUCAAGCCAGCCGUUGCGCCGGAACUAGUCAAGCAUGUCAUUAACUUUAAGAAGACAGUUACGGAGCAGUUGACGAAACGGACCCGAGGUGCCGAGGCGGCCGAGGCAAUCGCCUUGUCUGUCAUCCACCGCGGCCUCGGGCUCACCGCAGAAAGCAUGGUCCCGGAAGCAGAGAGCCUCGAAGAGGUUGUGUUCGGUGUGUUCGAGUCGACCAGCAAGAACCUAGGCGCCAACCGGUCCCUCCACCCAGGCCUGCUGCAGGCUCUCGUCAAAUUCAAAGCCAACAUGAUCCAAACUCUGGAAGGCAGGAUGAAGGGAACGCGUAAUGCGGAGCGCCUGAUCUUGUCAGCCAUGGACCGUGUACUGGGGUUCACCGACCGCAGCACGAUGCCCGGGACCGAGACCGAGAGGAACCAGUACGAAGCGGCCGAGAACGUCCUCAUCACGGCCAUCGAGCGGGUGGUGACGGAGCAUCAAAAAACCAUGGCGGCUCUCGCGUCUGGUUCGGCGCCUCCGACUGCUUCGCGGCCGAGCCUCGGACCCCCGGCUCCAUCAGUUCCUGGCUCUGCCGCUGUCUCCGCAAGGCCGCAGGCACCUACUCCUUCUCCUGCAGGGGCGAUCGCGUCCUCCACAGCACCCUUAAAUCCCGGAAUGAAGCCCGCACAUUCACCUUCCACAUCAACGAGUCCGCCGGCUCCAGCGCCGUCUGGGCCGGCAGCAGCUAACCCGAGCACGGCGGCCGCGGCUGCACAGCAGGUUCCCCGUCCUGCCGCGACUUCCGCGCAGCUUGCGGCUCAGCCUCUCGCGGCUCCAGCAUCCCACACUCGACCCCCGGCUGCCGGGUUGGGGACCGUUCAAAGCCCGUCACCGGCCUCAGCCGUGGCGCAGGCUGCUGCUGCGGUCCCGAAUCCAAAUCUGGUUCCAGGAGCCGUCCAGGCCCAGGGUUCAGCCCAGGUUGCAGCGCCUGCUCAUGCUCCUGCUCAGGGUGGAGCUGAAGUGCAACAUCCUCCGGCACAAAGGCCAGCUGAGGUCCAGGCUUCCCUCAAGGUUCCAUCCCUGGCCACGGGCCAGACUCCUAGCCGAUCGACGCCUCCGGUCGGCGCUUCGGUGACUUCCUUGCCCAAUGCGCCAGCUUCUGCGCCCAUUCCAACCGCAUCUCAUCACCCAGCCCAGGCAGUGCCUCCCACGAGCUCACAGGGACCAAUACCUGGCUCUGCUCCGCCGCCGUCGCAGGGUCCUGGUCAGGGUCCUGCCCCAACCUCGGCUGCAUCCCCUGCAACAACCGCGCCGCCACCUGCGCCGGGGACAUCUCAGCUGUCUGCUCAGAAGCCCACGCUGGCUGCACCUGCCGCGCCCCCCGCCUCGAUCCCUCCCCCAUCGCAAGAUAGCAAGCCUUCACUUGCAACGGCCCACCCUCCGCAAGGACCGGCUUUGCCCGCCACUUCAGCUCCAGCACCGACCCCGGCGCCACCAACCACGACGACGACGACGACGACGACGACGACGACACCACAAACGCAGGUACGGACAAGUUCCGCCUCUGCGCCGUCGUCCCCAUCCCAGUCAGCAGCAACGCCGAUGCCGGCGAAGCCUGCCGCCGCAGCUCCGGCGCCAGCCGCCACCACGUCUGCCUCCACGUCAUCCCAAGGAGAGACCACUGACCAGAUUGCCGCUGGAUCCCAGACGCCGUCGCCGGUCGCGGAUAUGCUGGCCCCCGCGGCUUCUGCCACGCCUGCUGCGUCUGCCGAGCCACUGCCGGCUGCCGCUUCUCCUGCGAUGCCCCUCCCGACGCCCGCGACGACGACGACCGCUCGGUAAAUGAGUUGCUGCUGCUGCUGCUACUUGUGCUUCUAGGUGCUGUUGUGGUGCCAUGGCCAGUGUGCUUUCCAGACUGGGCGGGAUCUGAUGACGUGCGCUUUGUCGUUGUUCCGGGCUGUUGACGGGACAGGCAUAGCACUGUUCACGUUUAGCCUGCUGCGCGUUGUUGCGUGUCUGGUUUGGUUUGUGCUGUGCUAUUUUGCCUGAGGGAAAGCGAGAUGGG